CGGCCCCGCAUCCCCGGUAGUUCGUUUUCCUCCUCACGCCGCCCGCCCUGUCCCCCGCCACCACCCUCGUCUUCCUCGGAUCUGAGUCCCCGGCCGGGUGAGCGGCGCGCACCCAUCGCUUCUCCCGAGCGGAGCUGACGGCCCACAGGGUGGGUGCCGAUUCCACCAGCAGCUGCAACUGAAAAGCAAGGUUCAGAAAUGUCAGACAUCCUCCGGGAGCUGCUCCGAGUCUCUGAGAAAGCUGCCAACAUUGCCCGGGCGUGCAGGCAGCAGGAAACCCUCUUCCAGCUGCUGAUCGAAGAAAAGAAAGAGGGAGAAAAGAAUAAGAAGUUUGCAGUUGAUUUCAAGACCCUGGCUGAUGUUCUGGUACAGGAAGUUAUAAAACAGAAUAUGGAAAACAAGUUUCCAGGCUUGGGGAAAAAAAUUUUUGGAGAAGAAUCCAAUGAGUUUACCAAUGAUUUGGGAGAAAAGAUCACUUUGAGACUGUGUUCAACAGAGGAAGAAACAGUAGAGCUUCUUAGCAAAGUCCUUAAUGGUAACAAGUUGGCAUCUGAAGCAUUAGCCAAGGUCGUUCAUCAGGAUGUUGCCUUUACUGACCCAACUCUGGAUUCAAUAGAGAUCAACAUUCCACAGGACAUUCUGGGAAUUUGGGUGGAUCCCAUAGAUUCAACUUACCAGUAUAUAAAAGGUUCUGCUGACAUUAAAUCCAUCCAAGGAAUUUUCCCUUGUGGACUUCAGUGUGUCACCAUUUUAAUUGGUGUCUAUGACAUACAGACAGGGGUGCCUCUGAUGGGAGUCAUCAAUCAGCCUUUUGUGUCACAAGACCUAAACACCCUCAGGUGGAAAGGACAGUGCUACUGGGGCCUUUCCUACAUGGGGACCAACAUCCAUUCACGUCAGCUCGCCAUCUCCAAAAGAACCGUCAAAGAAACACAGACUGAAAACGCCAGCUCUGAGGUGGAAUUCUCUCACCCUUUGUCAGCAGUCAUUAGUACAAGUGAAAAGGAGUCUAUCAAAGCCGCGUUGUCACGUGUAUGUGGAGACCGCAUAUUCGGGGCAGCUGGGGCUGGUUACAAGAGCCUCUGUGUUGUCCAAGGCCUUGUUGACAUUUACAUCUUUUCAGAAGACACCACAUUCAAGUGGGACUCUUGUGCUGCUCAUGCCAUCCUGAGGGCCAUGGGUGGGGGAAUAGCAGACUUGAAAGAAUGCUUAGAAAGAAAUCCAGAACCAGGGCUUGAUUUGCCACAGUUGGUGUACCACGUGGAAAAUGAAGGUGCUACUGGGGUCGAUCGGUGGGCCAACAAGGGAGGGCUCAUUGCCUACCGAUCCAGGAAGCAGCUGGAGACAUUCCUGAGCCUUCUCCUCCAGAACCUUGCACCUGUGCAGACACAGACAUAGAUGGACUGACCUCUGUGUACAUAGAAACCAAAUCGUGAAACUGUUCUCAUUAUCUCUAUCUUUUGAAGAUAGCUUUGUCCUAUUGAUGGUUAUCAUUUACCUUCCUCUUUUGAGGAGCAUUUUCCCAUCAGGUGUUCAUAAUUAUGUUAAUGUCAAUAAAUUAAUGAGAUUCAUGCAGCAAUUAAUUGGGGUAUGAAAUCCUUUCAGCAAAUAUUGUGCUGUUAGUGUUUAUUGGAACACUUCAAUAAAAUAUUGAAGAAAA